AUGUCGCGCAGCAACGCUCCUAAUCCCUCGGGAUCCCGCAAGAUCUCCUUCAACGUCAGCGAGCAGUACGACAUCCAGGAUGUCGUCGGCGAGGGCGCCUACGGUGUCGUCUGCUCGGCGAUACACAAGCCUUCGGGCCAGAAGGUCGCCAUCAAGAAGAUCACCCCGUUCGACCACUCCAUGUUCUGUCUGCGGACCCUGCGUGAGAUGAAGCUUCUGAGGUACUUCAACCACGAGAACAUCAUCUCCAUCCUCGACAUUCAGAAGCCCCGCGGCUACGACACGUUCAAUGAGGUGUACCUCAUCCAGGAACUCAUGGAGACGGACAUGCACCGCGUCAUCCGCACCCAGGACCUCUCCGAUGACCACUGCCAGUACUUCAUCUACCAGACGCUGCGCGCCCUCAAGGCGAUGCACUCGGCCAACGUCCUCCACCGUGAUCUCAAGCCCUCGAACCUGCUCUCAACGCCAACUGCGACCUGA